CUGGUGGCCCUAGAAAACCUCACCCACACCCACACCCACACACCCCUUUUGUGUUGCAGGCUGCCCCUCUGAGAGCGGAGGCAGCGAGAGUACUCGUGUACCUCGCACCGGUCCGCGGUAACAGCAGCUGGGACCAAGACUCGCACCACCUCCGAGUCCUCGCUCCAGGAAAGGAAGACUUGAGAGUGCUUGAACAACCAACAUCUGCAGUCAGAUCGGAAGACUCUGCCAUUCCGAGAGCUCCACCGGGAACAUCUCACUAAGAUUGAAGAAAGGCAAUUCUGAAAGGAACAAAAAGUCCCAAAUAUUCCAGAAUACCCCAGCAGAACAUUUCGCUUGAACCAAAAAUGGUGAGUGCCAGUCAUCCUGAGGCCCUGGCCGCCCCUGUCACCACUGUUGCAACCCUUGUCCCACACAAUGCCACUGAGCCAGCCAGUCCCGGGGAAGGGAAGGAAGAUGCCUUUUCCAAGCUGAAGCAGAAGUUUAUGAAUGAACUGCAUAAAAUUCCAUUGCCACCGUGGGCCUUAAUUGCCAUAGCCAUAGUCGCGGUCCUUCUAGUCGUGACCUGCUGCUUCUGUGUCUGUAAGAAAUGUUUGUUCAAAAAGAAAAACAAGAAGAAGGGAAAGGAAAAGGGAGGAAAGAACGCCAUUAACAUGAAAGAUGUGAAGGACUUAGGGAAGACCAUGAAGGAUCAGGCCCUUAAGGAUGACGAUGCUGAAACCGGACUGACUGAUGGAGAGGAAAAGGAAGAGCCCAAGGAAGAGGAGAAACUGGGAAAGCUCCAAUAUUCACUGGACUAUGACUUCCAGAAUAACCAGCUGUUGGUAGGAAUCAUCCAGGCUGCUGAACUGCCCGCCCUGGACAUGGGAGGGACAUCUGAUCCAUACGUCAAAGUCUUCCUGCUGCCCGACAAAAAGAAGAAGUUUGAGACAAAAGUCCACCGGAAAACCCUCAAUCCAGUCUUCAAUGAACAAUUUACUUUCAAGGUGCCAUACUCGGAAUUAGGUGGCAAAACACUGGUGAUGGCUGUGUAUGACUUUGAUCGCUUCUCCAAGCAUGACAUCAUUGGAGAGUUCAAAGUCCCUAUGAACACCGUGGAUUUUGGCCAUGUAACCGAGGAGUGGCGUGAUCUCCAGAGCGCUGAGAAGGAAGAGCAAGAGAAACUGGGUGACAUCUGCUUCUCCCUCCGCUACGUCCCUACUGCCGGCAAGCUGACUGUUGUCAUUCUGGAAGCCAAGAACCUGAAGAAGAUGGAUGUGGGUGGCUUAUCUGAUCCCUAUGUAAAGAUUCACCUGAUGCAGAAUGGCAAGAGGCUGAAGAAGAAAAAGACAACCAUUAAGAAGAACACGCUGAACCCCUACUACAAUGAGUCCUUCAGCUUUGAAGUUCCGUUCGAGCAAAUCCAGAAAGUGCAAGUGGUGGUAACUGUUUUGGACUAUGACAAGAUUGGCAAGAACGACGCCAUCGGCAAAGUCUUCGUGGGCUACAACAGCACCGGGGCAGAGCUGCGACACUGGUCAGACAUGCUGGCCAACCCUCGGCGACCCAUCGCCCAGUGGCACACUCUGCAGGUAGAGGAGGAGGUUGAUGCCAUGCUGGCUGUCAAGAAGUAAAGGGAAAAAGAAGCCUUUCUGCGUCUGCCCACAUAGUGCUCUUUAGCCAGUAUCUGUAAAUACCUCAGUAAUAUGGGUCCUUUCAGUUUCCAGCCAUGCAUUCCUGAUACAAUCCAGUGGUACUUCAGAUCCUGUUUUAAUUUGCACAAACUUAAGUGUAGAAAGCCCCCUAUGCCCUUCAUCAUACCACUGCCCUCCAAAUCUACUCUUCUUUUAAGCAAUAUGAUGUGUAGAUAGAGCAUGACUGAAAUUAUGUAUUGUAUCCCACCGUUGUAUAUACCAGUAUGCU